CACAGGACACCUGUGUCCCUUCCCAUGAGGGGUGUGCCAUGACCUUGGGGACACUCACACACCUGUGUCCCUUCCUGGGAGUGGGGGGGGGGUGGUGUGGAACGUGCACACCUGUGUCCCCUCCCAGGUGUGUCCCCGCCGCCCCCCCCCCCCCCCGUGGCCUUGGAGGCUCAGGUAUAUACAGGGGGCCUUUGGCGCCCGGGAGGCCUCCGCGAUGGCGUCGGCGCUGCUGGUGACACUGGUGGCUUUGGUGGCCGUGCUGGGUGGCGGGGUGGAGGCCCAGUGCCCUGCCCCUGCCGACCUGCGCCCAGUCAACGGCACCCGCAUCUGCGCCCUGCUCUACAAGGACAACAGCCCCUACUACGACCAGUGCUGCGCUGGCGACGUGCUGGUGGUGGAGCCGAACAGCGACGUGCCCUACAUGCCCCGCGGGUGGUCCGGCCACGCCUCCUCACUCGUGGUGGGCACCCGCUGCGAGCUCAACGUGUGGUCGCGCAAGGGCAAGAAGGGCAACACGCGGCGCUUCAGCUCUGGCGCGGUGCCGCGGCUGCAGGAGGUGCGCCGGGGGCUCUUCGGAGACUGGAACGAUGAGAUCCGUGGGUACUACUGCACCUGCAAGUGAGGGCGCGGCUGCACGGGCAGGGGGGAAGAGCCGGGGGGAACAACGUGUCAACAGGGGUCAUCGCGAGUCAACG